AUGUCAGAUGAAGAAAUAUCCCAUCAUACAAAUUCAAUGGAUGUAGAUCUUGAUUUUGACCAAGAUAUGUCUAUAGAUAUCAAAUCUCCAUCUGAAGCUAGCUCUAAUUAUUUCUGUGUUUGCAAUGUUGUCAAACAUAGAAAUUCAUCAAAUCACUCUGAAAGUAAUGAAAGUGACUUGGCUGCUAUAAAUGCACUCAUGUCGCACUACAAGAUGGAUACUCUUAUUAAGAGUAAGUAUACUGUCCGUCCUGUGACAUAUGACGUAUGCCAGAAAGAUUGUAUCCACUUUGACACUAUAGAAGCUGGUCAGUAUGCAGAUGAGAAAGAAUAUGAGAGAGAAAAUAUGAUUCAACUGGCAAUCAUUCCUGGGCCUAAACACCCAAAAAACAUUGUAUCUUUUCUUGAACCAAUCGUAAAAGAUUUGCAUAUGUUGCAAACUUCUGGUCUGAAAGUUCAGACAAUUUCUGGGCAAAGUCUCUGUCAGUUUGAAGGAAAUAGAUAUGGCAUCAAUGGUCCCAAUAUUUUUAGGAAUCUCAAUACAUUGACAAGUUCUACUUUCUUCAGGCUUGACAAGAUACAUCUCAUUAGCCAUAAGAAUGUUCAGAUCAGACACUCUAGCAAACUUCACUGGCAGCUGGAGAUCACUGAAGAAAAUAACUGGCUCAACUUCCUUCUGUUUGUUAUGCCAACAGUUGUGAUCCAUAAGUGUUUUCUUGCCAUAACCAGACGUACUGUUUUGGACCUAGUCUUAGUAUGCUCUAUUGCUCAGCAAUGGGAAGUGACAGAAGAAGAAAUUCAUGCCAUGGAAAGUUCUUUUUGGUUAUAUGAGUCCGGACUUCUUUUGACAGCAGGCAUGUUUGAGCCAAUAACCUUAUUGUACUCAAUUACCUGGAAGAAUACAGAUAUGUUAUAA